UAACGAUGACUCUAGUAUUCGUAGGCACGUAUUUGCUAACAUAGCGGCGAAGUUGUUGUCUUUCUUGUUUAUUAUUGAAAUAGGCUACAUGUAGUCUGAAAUCUGCAAUUAAGAAUUCAAAACUUACAUAGUCAUUUAAAAUACUCAUGUUUCUUCUUUAAGCACAAAAGUAGUUGGCAAAAAAGUAAAAAUGGUCAAAAACAGCUUAGGAAAUUUUUGCGUGUUUUUGGGACUACUAUCACUAAUUCACGCUGCUUAUUCUGCGGCACAACAUAGAGCAUAUUUAAGAUUAAUCGAACAAACUUUUGAGAGUUUACCAUGUGAUAUUGUUGCACAGACAAUUUUAAGUCUGUUUCUGACAAUAUUUGGAGUGACAGUUAUAUCAGGGGAUUUUAAAGAAAUCCGAGCUGUUACUGAGUUAGAAAAUAAAACAUAUGAAGUGAUUGGAAAUAGGCCUUCAUUUUAUUCAUUCAGUCACAGAGGAAGAGUUUUAAGUUCUGUAUACACUCAAGGAAGUCUAUGAACUAUGUCAUCUGAAUUGAGUCUUCCUUUUAUUUAUAUAUUUUGUGUAUUUUCAACAUAAAUAAAUAAACAGACUUGUUUCAUUUUUA